AAAAAUUUAUACCUGUAAAGUACGUUCACAAGCGAAGCUGAUUUGUACAACAUGCAUAGCUCUAAAUUAAAAUCAAUAUUUUUGUUUUGAUUUGAACAGUCUCUUGGCCAAUGAGUCGAAAAAUACCAAAGCUGAAAACUAAAAAUAAAACCAAAUCAAUAAAUCGUUGUCAAAAUAUAAUUUAAAUUUUUGAAACAGCUUACAACGGAGAGUAUUAAUUGAAAAGUUAUGACCGAAAAUUCGGCAGCAUCCUUUUUUCAAGAGCUGGAUUUGUUUGAAAUUGAUAUGCCAGGUGGCCAAAAAAUUCCAUUCAAGAACAAUAAAGCUCUGUUGGAUUUGUUGAACAUUCAAUAUCCGCAUUGGCGAGAAGAUGGACACGUGACGUCGGUUCCAAUUGCACGGGUUCCUCGAUUAUUUCUGCAUAAUUUGCAGAUGUCAAAACAACUGGCAAAGGAGUUUGCUUCUCUGCAAAAAGGAGAAGGUGGCGAAAUCAAACUGUACAGACUGCUGAAGGAUGCAAAAUAUUCGAACGGGAAUGGAGUCGUGAUUUUUCCAAAUGUAAACGGGCGAGAAAUCUUCAAGAGUACGAUGGCACAUGUAGAAAUUGACACUGUUUUAACGCACCCAUCCAAGGGUAUAUUCGUGUUCAAUGUAAAAGCAGUGGGAGGCAGAUUAACUCCUCAGAAGUUGAAAGGAGACAUUGAACGUCAUGGAAACUUUUUACGAAAACUAUCCCAAUAUAGCUCUGACAAUCCUGCAGACCUGAUUCCUAUUCACUCAGUAGUUUGUUCAAUGCACGACGACAACAAAAAGAAGUUCAGUUCGCUUUUAAAUCUCGAGCACGAUAGAGAUCAAGUUUUGAUUUUUAGCAAGAGUGAACUGAAACCGGACACUUUUUUGGCAGCGUGGGAAGCUCAGCUGAAUACACUUCCAGAUUUCGACGACAAAGAAAGUUUUGAUAUUUUAGUUGCGCGUCUCGUGGCUCUCAACUCGAUUGAAAGCUCUCUAGCGUUGAUUCAUGAUCAAAUGGCGUCCAAUUACAUGCAGGCUACAAAUGAAAACAAGAAACAGUUCGACGAAUUUGAAUUUGGUGAGGACAAAUCGCUAUUGGAGGGUCACUCGCUAGUUGGCACAGACAAGAAAAAGCGGUUCAUAAUCUGGACACAGGAACAACUGAAAAUCAUAGCCUUUGUAACAAAACAUCUGCUUGACCCUAGCCGUAGAGGCUUACGACUUCUUGUAACUGGCUGCAAAGGAUCCGGAAAAACUAUGUUGCUGGUUUUUAUUGCCAAACUCACUGAGAGCCUUUUUAACAAUCCAGAUUCCGAUUGUUCAAGUUAUGGAAACGUAGUUGUUUGUGAUGGAUACUUCAAGUCACCAGUGCUGACAGAACUACUUAAGCGUCUUCUUGCUUCAACGGGAGCCUUGGUCUACGAGGCAGCAACUAUACUUCUGCUUAUUCAAGCAACGAUCACAAUCCAAUGCUUGAAAACUUGAGAGACGACCAGCACUGUGUUCUUUUCACCUCUCACAAAACGAUUAAGCCAAGCGAUGAUUACGAUUGC